AUGGAAGAGUCCAUCUUGUACCCACUCCCGCCGCCCCCUGACGUGCCCACACGUCCACUCACCGGCGACGAGGGUGCGCGUGUAGAGUUACUCUACCGUCUCCUCUUCUUCCUCGCCACCGCACCUACCAAGUGGACGUCCCUUCCCACGAGCCCCCUCCCGGACCUCUCCAAGUUUAGACUCCCCAAUGGCGAAGACGUCGCCUGUGUGCUCUGGAACGGCAUCUACCACAUCACCGGCACUGACAUUGUGCGCGCCCUUCUCUUCCGUUUUGAGGCUUUCGGCCGUCCCGUCAAGCACACCAAGAAGUGGGAGGAAGGCGUCUUCUCGGAUCUGCGUAACCUCAAGCCCGGUGUCGACGCCUGCCUCGAGGAGCCCAAGUCUGCUUUCCUGGACUUCCUCUUCCGCAAUGGCUGUAUUAGGACUCAGAAGAAGCAAAAGGUCUUUUAUUGGUUCUCUGUGCCGCAUGACCGUCUGUUCCUCGAUGCCGUUGAACGCGACUUGAAGCGCGAAAAGGCGGGCCAGGAACCCACGUCGGUUGUCGUUGGCGAGCCGGCUCGCAGCUUCAGGUAUGACCCUCGCCGCGGCCUGUACGAGCAGUUUAUGGGCAGUAACCGUGGCAUGGAGGCCGCGAUUCUGGAUCAGGUCUUCCCCCUCCAGUCAAGCAUUGCGUCUACCAUACCCCCAGGUGUUGCCGAUCUGUCGCGCCAGUCCAGCAUGGACCCCAGCCUCGGGUAUGACAGCCAGGGUAUGGACCCCAGCGGCCAGUGGAUCGGGCGUGUCAGUGCAAUUGAUCCUUCUGGACGUCCUGUUCCCGAGUUUUUUCAGCCGCCGGCAGACCAGUAUAACGGUCCGGGAGGCCUGCCGCCGUUCGUGACCCACGAGGGUAGCUCUGCGUACAAGCGCAAGCGUGUCCGCUCGAAGCGUUCAUCCCCGGACAAGUCUGUGGAACCCGGGCUCGAUGACGAAGGCCGCGGGGAGAGGGACGACAGCGUUGUUUCCGACAUUGACCGCAAGCGCAAGGUGCCCGGCUCGCGCUCGUCCACUGCCGCUCCUGAAGGAGGCAGCAGCUCAAACUCGGUGCCCGCCAAGGGUGCAACGGAUGAGAAGCAGUUUGUCUGCGUCUUCGAGUUUUGCCGUCGUGCUUUCAAGCGUCUCGAGCACCUCAAGCGUCACAUCCGUACCCACACCCAGGAGCGUCCCUUUGCGUGCAAGCUCUGCGCUCGCGCCUUUUCCCGCCAGGACAACCUCCUGCAGCACCUCCGUCUACACAGCAAGGUCGACGCCAACCCUCGCGGCCAGGACAACGACGACCGUCUGAGUGCCCCGCCCUACGUCGGCCGUCGCUGGCCCACGCAGUCGCCCGCCCCGGCCGAGGACAUGAUGGCGCACGUCGCUGCCGGCAACAACGGCGCCCAGUUCUCGAUGCCAAGUUACAACAACAACAACAUGGCCUACCGCUCCACCACUGUGCCACCCGACUGGCUCUCGACCAUGCAACCUCCUCCUGCUUACGCCUGGGGCGGCGGCGGGAGCACUGCGUCGUCGAGCGUCGCCCCGCACCCAUCAUUCUCGCCGGCGCCCCCAACCCGCUUCCGCUCCGUCACCCCGCAGAUGGCCGCGGCGACAAACUACUCGUACGGAUCCAUGCCGCCCCCGCCCGCCCCGGGCCUCAUGCAGAGCAUGAACCCCAUGGCCACCGCGGCGCCAACCUCGUACCCGGUGUAUCAGGACCCGCACGCCCAAGCACAAGAGUACGGCUUCGUGCCAGCGGCCUCGGGCUGGGUUGACCCCAACCUCGGCGCCAUCGACGCCGUCGCCGGCGGUGGUGGUGCGGGCGGCACGGGCGGCGCGCCCGACGACGGGGUGCCCAGCGCCACCACACAGGACCGCUACGACCUGGGCCCCGGCGGCGCAGGCCACGACGUCGACUCGUCUGGCUGGCAGGCCCCGGCCCCGGCCCAGUGA